CACUGGUUGCGGUGACGGGGUGUUUGAAGCACUUGACGAAAGAGGCCGAAGGAAAUAUACCGUGUGACUGAUGAUUCGAUGACGAGCGGCCUUGGAUGGAGAUUAGAGAGUCGGCGUUAUUCCAUCAACCCAAGCUGUCAGGGUGCCUGACGUCUCAACUUUGCCAUCGCGGUGCCCGAUCAGCCUACAGGGCCCUCUACGGGGAUCAGUGAUUUGCGCGCGGAAGGUCGCGCAAAACAAAUUAAUUAUAUCACUUUGUAAGAAAAAAAAACACUUCGGCAAAGGUUGUCACGAGUAACCCGAGACAAGAGGCUCGGUACUUUUUUUCCUCACGCUCUCUCUUUCUGCCCUCUGUGCCUUUCUUGAAUGAAAUGGGAGAAUGUUUAACUUUUGAUGGAUGGCCCGAUUGUGGAAGGGGGAAAACGAAACGAUUUGAGGGCGAACAGCUGAACAUAUCACGGCGCGCGCCAGGGGUGCCGAGUGGUUCUGGAAUUGCAGUAAAAAGGCCGAUAAGUGGCUGAUAAUAUACCCCAACAAGACAUUGAUUACCGACACGGUAAAAUGUUACAUCCACCGAACACGGAGAGACCUUGGGACCUCGCGCGAAGUUAGCUCCAGCCGCUGCCGGCCGGCCACGACUUGCCUGGCGAACUCCGUCUUCCUCCAGGCCCGGGCUCGGCACCGUCGGCUCCGCCCAGUUUGCUAAGAUCCGCUCGGGCCUAACCUGCUGUGAUUGGUGGAGACAACUGUAUAAAUAAGCCGUUAAUUUGAUUAGGAGCCAAUGGGGAAACAGAUCGGCCAAUUAGCAUGACUAACGACGAGAGUGACAGGUCGCGGAUGUUGCUGUGCCCAGCCUAGCCUGCGCACACUCCUCCAGGGUCGACUGAUUGUGUGAUUGCCUCGUUAGCUGUAGCCGCGUCUACGUCUGAUAUACGGUCUGGCUCGCAUGAUCAGCCUCCCGUGUGCGUGUGAUGACGAGGCACGCUUGCCGUCACUUCGUCACUUAAGUGAGCAACGGAGACGUACCACAUGGUAAUUCUGUGCUAUGACUGGUGAUGAUGCCAGGUUCUGUCGCUGGACGAUCGGAUGGGCCCCUCUUGUGCAUGAUUAUCUCAUAACCGUCUCCCACCUCUACAUUUGGAUGAAAGUCCGGUAUAAAAAGUCACCCCCAGGAACCGAUCUUGGAUAAAUAUAGGAGCCGUGAUCUUAGCCGGUGAAGCUUUAGAAGACACUGGUCGCGAUGGCUCUAGCCCCGGCAUUAGGUAGCCAUGGCGGAGUGUAUAUGCCUUACCAGCGGGUCUCCGCCGUUCGCUUGCAGCUCCAGCCUGUUCACCAUCGGACCAACCAGAGACCUUACACGUCCUUCUUCAUCAAAGAUAUCCUGGGCUCCAAAAUCGGCGGGGUCGAGCCGGAACGGGACGCGACGACGCCCUGCGGCCCCGCGCCCGCCCCGCUUAGUCCGGCCUCCCCUUGGUCCGCUCCGGCGGGUGCCACCACAGGGUCCUCGCAGCCGUCUCCACCGAGUAAAGACGCCCAUUUCCCCGUGCGCGACGCGGAGAAGACAUUGGCUGCUCCUCCUUGCGGGAUUAUCAAGAAGGACGCCAACGGCUCACCCCUCUCCGCCUUGGAAGAACUUGCCAACAAGACGUUCACGGGACUCGAAACAAGCAUUCUCAGAGCAGCUGAAGCAGCCACUGUUAACGGCAAGCGAGAUCCUCUUCACCUCUUCAACCGGCAACCGCCCCGGAAGAAGCGCAAGUCGCGCACGGCCUUCAACAACCAGCAGAUCUUCGAGCUGGAGCGGCGGUUCCUCUAUCAGAAGUACCUGACGCCGGCCGACCGGGACGAGAUCGCCUCGGUGCUGGGGCUGACCAACGCCCAGGUCAUCACCUGGUUUCAGAACCGGCGGGCCAAACUCAAGCGGGACAUGGAGGAGCUGACCAUGGACGUGACGGUCACGUCCAAGAAGUGCGCCGAACUGAACCUGACCGCCGAGGAGUCGACCGGGCCGACGUCAGCGUCCGCCGCUCCCACGGUGCCGCCGGCCCGGCUGAAGGAGGAAGAAGGAGGAGACGAGGACGAUGAUGACGAGGACCGGUUGAGCACUGCCUCGGAGCAACAGCAGUGCCGGGAGCAGUACAGUCUCAGGCUGGCCUCGGCGGAUGACAACUCCCAGCGCCGUCACCACGAUCACCGCCAUCACCCCCAUCAGCACCACCUUCAAUUGAACCUGAACACGGAUGAGCAGGCCACGCCCAGCAGCAGUGGCUCGGAGCCCAGCGAUUGCAGUGAGGGCAACGCACCAGGGAAUGCCGAGGCGGGUUCCACAGGCGACAGCAUUAGUGGACACGGGAUGGACGCCGCCUCCUGCAUGGUAUCCAACGCCGUAGCCGAGACGGACGGAGAGGAGGAAGAAAGCAUGGACUGUAGCACCUCCCCUUCUAGUAGUUUCCACUCUGAAAGCGAGGAGAAGUGACUUCCUUCACCUACCAGACACGUGGUUCAACAUUUCAACAUUCUGCAGCCAUCUUGGAUUGAUAUCAGAAAGACGAUGCCCUUGGAAAGUUCACAGACAAUCCUUAGCGGUUGCACCCUUGCCGUUUAGUUUCAAAUUUCUUGACUUCUUGUAACGGCAGAUGUCUGGACUAGGAAACAAGAAAGAAAUGUCUAUCACUUCUCCAGAAUUUUAUCUUUGUACAAAGAGUUGUAAAAUGUCAGUGCCUUAGGAGUUCCCGCGAGGAAAGCUGUACAUGAUUGGGUCAAACCUGUUGAAGGUCUUCAUACUUCACGAGGGCUUAUGAAAUAGCUACCGGUCAAAGUUACACGAUUAAUGUAAAUACAUGUAAUUAAAUUAAAGCGAAAGCACGAUGGCUAAAAAUCAGCUUGUAGAUACAAUGUAAAUGCAAACUGCACAGCAACUAAAAUAUCGCGAAUCCUGCGACCGCUUAUCAUCGGUCAACUCGGGCUGAGUAUCUAUUAACCUCGUCAGAAAUCUGACGAGUAUUCAUGUUGUUUAAUAAGAACAGCCAAAAAGAGUGACAUGUCGCUCACUGUUAGACCAGAUCAAUGGGGGCUAAUUAAUGACAUAAGGGGAAACGUCAUAAAGUGCCUUAAAAUUGAUCAAUAAUUGAUGAACAUUACAGUUUGAAAUCCCUGACCCUUUUGAUUUCAUAUCUUUAGUUCCUUUUAUGUUUUGAUGCUAAGCGUCAACAGACUUGGGUCUAAAAUCGAUAUAAGAAAACACCAUCCCUCGUAUUAGGGAUGACGAAAGAACAUUAAAAUUGAAUUUGAAAAAUGGUUUUGUAAAAUGUUCCAAUGAAGACUUCUCUGAUAAAUACUCACGCGUGAGGAGGAAAUCGUUUUAUAUUGUGGCAUUCAAACGAAAUGAUCAGAUAAGCUUCCGUUUGGGUCUCUGGGGUCUGUUGCAAAAAAAAAAAAAAACAGUCUGGAUUCUACUUGUGGAUAUUUUUCCUUAUGGGCAGGUGUGGCCGUAUGAGGGAAGUAUUCUACAUUUCAUUAUUUCCUUCGAAGUUCCGGAAAUUGAAUUACUGUUUUGAUCAAAAUAGGUUUUUUUUAUCCAAAUACUCUGAGUUAGCAUAUAAAGAACCGUUGCCCGUGAAUUCUGAUGGAAUUACCCUGCCAUUGCUUUCGAUUUUUGAAGGUAGCAUUUUGUAACAAAAAGAGCGAAGGAAUAGGGUUUGCACAAAGUGUUUGCAAAUUCACUUGUUUCUUUCUUGCUCGCUUUGACAAAAUAAGGCUCAGGCUAGUAUUAAGUACAAUUCCUUUUCUAGUAUAGUAAGAUUCAACCACCUGAAUCGGGCACAUUUGGGGGACUCUUAAACCCCCCCCCCAAAAAAACCGAUCCUGGAACAUGUCUUGAGACAGUGGCUGCGAAACAAAUGGCUUAAUGCACUGUGUUUCCGACAAAAUCUGCACAGUGUAUCCCCGCAAUAGAUUUUGCCCGUGGGGGGAAAACGAAAAAAAAGGGGAUCCCCAUUGGCUUAACGAACAACAGGUAUAUAUAGAAAGUGACAUAUCGGAAAUGGGAAAAACCUGCAAGACAUUACGGAGAUUGAUCACUGGUGCACUAGCUAGAAGUAUGUGACCGUGUAUCUGUCUGUUUUGUGGGGGAGACGGGGGGCUAUGUCACUGGAGGGGGUUUGAAGAGGAGUUGUGUAUACUGUUAGGGCCCCUCAAGUUAACGGUGUACGCAGAUGCGUAGUUUUGCGGAGUCUGUCAAAAUUCGACAGUCAGGGCCUGCUAUCACUAUUUGUAACCACCCCCCUCCAGCCGGAAGAAAAUUGCACUGGGGAGAACCGAAAUACUUCUCGAAGAAAGAAAAGGGAAGCAGCGACACAGAAGCAGAGCGGGUCCCUUUUGGGGGGUGUAUAUGUACUUCAUCUCAGUUGACAUUCUGCUUAGUGUACAAGAAGGCCUUGUGUUGUAUUUUUUUUUCUGUUGAAAGACUGAUGUCUUUUGUCUGUACUCAAAGCAAAUGACUCUAACAUGGGUUUUUUGGCUCGGUCACCGGGGACUUGUGAUGGCUUACGACCGGCAAGUGUGGCUGUCGUAAUUUCUUGUACCGGCUGACGGUGGAAAAAUGUUUAAUUCCCACCACAUGUACACGAAGUGGAGGUAAUUUUGUCAAUAGAGGUCACAUUUUUCAUUUUGCUCCAUGAAAAAAGAAACAAAAAGAAUAAUUUCUUUUGCAUCUCACUGAAUGCUUGGGAACCAAAGACAAUAAAAAAAAUUGAUUUUUACCAUAUCAUGAGGUUGCUGUUCAAUGACAUUUUCAUGCAGAGGGGAAAAGAUGAAUUAAUAAAUAAAACUCAAAUAUGAUGGAUGCGAAAAGUAGUCUGGUGCUUGCUGAAAGGUUUCUGGUGACUGCUUUGCCCAUUUACCCUCCACCUCCGCUGUGUUCCAAACUUACCCGAUGAACAGUAAUAGUGGUUAUAAUCAACGUGUUCCAUCCUUUUCGGCCCGUUCCUCAAACUUCUAUGGCUAUUGUUUUUGUUAGAAUCAUAGUAUGUCUGUUUCGUGUACAUACUCUCCUUUUAAUUUUAGCGAUUUUCAUAAGAAAUUGUGGGGGAGUAGCCGGUCAGCCAAAGGUGAACUCGCAUCAACACUCCACAUUAAGGGGACUUGGAAAUCUAACACAAGCAGAGAAAUCAUCAAUCAGUUGUCCCAGCUUUUUUUUGACGGUCACAUUUUCAUCUUGGUAUGUCACUUUGCGCCGUGUCGCCGAAACCGAUCGUUUUAUUUAUGCACCACGCUGAGUGUUACAUAGCUGCGUUUUGUGACAUGACGCACACACGGCCCACAGUUCAAGUGGACGUUUUUGCCAAUCAAGAGUGCCACUGACGGGUGCGUCGCUCGUAACAUGGGGGAGACCACUGUGCCGCCGAGCUUCGUGUAAAAGCCAGAAACAACGUCCAUUGGCUGCUUUGUAUAAUAACGUGCCGAAUGACACACUUUAGACGCUACACUCUUGCAAGACAUGAACUAUAGCGACGCCCUGAUGCACGUUUAUCAGCGACACAUUUCCACUCUUGCUAAUAUUUUCACAAGUCAUACCGAAUGAGCAGAAUCUCGCAAAAAAUAGUUGGGAAGUAACACUGCAUAACCAACCUGACCAUGUUAUCAAAGCUGCGUCCCUGAAUGCGUUAUUAAAAGUUCACUUCUUUUUACUUCGUAAGUGUAUUUGUCGCUGUUGCUGAUUUUAUUGUGCAAUUUUUAUUUGCUGUUUCAUCUUACGUCUCCCUUUUAAGUUUAACUUCUCUCAUUUGACGUCUCUUCUGAGCAUGUGACAGUCCAGUGACACUUUAUUUAGUCCUUAAUUUUAUUAUCAAGGGGUUUUAUGAUGUCGAUUGUAUCAAUGCACCGAUAUUCUGAUCCUCAUUUUAUUCUCACUAUAAUAAUUUGUUCCAUUUUCAUCUGAUUUUCAGUUUAAUCAUUUAAUUAUAUCCGGGAAGUGGUUCAAGGUAGACUGUACGAUCUUUUCCAAAACCUUUGACAUUGUCAGAAAUUUAUUAAUAACAAAAAUAAUGACUUCUUAUCCAAGGGCAGGCGCUUUCUGUUUUCGAGUGAAUAGAGAUUAGAGGACAGUAUUUUAGCGUUUCUUUAUUUCGGUUUUUGUGAGGAUUGUUCCUUUUUGUGAGACACAGGAAUGGUUGUCUGAGUUCAAAUCAAACACUUAAGCAAAUGACCGAAAUGGUACGCAUGCGUGGAGAACUUCGCCCAUUGCUGAAUUCCUAACCCAGGCUACUCACAAGCCCAUCAAAUUUUUCUUUGGAUUAGAAUUUAAUCAACAGAGAGCCAAGUUUUAGCCUGUAUCUCUAAACGCCUCGUUGUUUAUGUUUUAUAUUUAUUAAAUAGUUUAUGUAAUUUAUUUCAACAGCCCUAACUGUGGUUAAACAUAAGCAAGCAAUAAAAGGCAUGUGCGAUGUCUUCAUCGCACUAACAGCGACUGCAAGGUUAUUUCAAUAGCGCCUCCAACGAUUGAUUUUGACGAUGAGACAAUCUCGGGUUGGUACAGUAGUGUUUUGCCAACUUUGGCCCUACAUCCAGACACGCAGAUCAUCUGGUUCAAUAUCUCUAUAUUUUAUGUCUCUGUGUUGAAAAUUAUCUGGCUUCCAAUUCAGAUUUGGCAAUAUGUUUUCAGCCUUUUUCUGAGUACAAAAUAAAUCCUGUUUGUUUCAAAGGGA